GUGACUCGCGUUUGUUUUGGCGCGCGAGUAGAACAAGUUUAUGUUUGACUGAAUGUGCCCAGGUUAAGCGACUUUCCCACAGCCCACAAGUGUAGCUGGCUCAUGUCCGCCUCAUCACAUCGGCGCGAUCACAACACGGAUCUAAACAACACCAGAUUUAAACAACACUAGCACUUGUCACAACGUCACAGAGAGCGGGUGUUUUGGGAAUUUACGGAUGUACAGCUGACCAAUAGAGGUCUUAUCCCUGGGAUGUAGACAGCAAGAAAAAAAAUCAGAAUCGUCAAAGUUAGAUCUGAUUUGUGUGAGACUACCUACAACAGCACGUCCGUACCCAGCCUCCCCCAGCAGACGACAUGGGCGAUCUGAAGGGCCACGCCCUGCCCGGGUCCCUGUUCCUCCUGUACGGCCUCUGGUGGGCCUUCUGCAGCAUCCGCAGGUUCUUUCUGUGUCGCAGGGCCGGCAGUAAAUACGUCUCCACCGUCACCUUCUCCUGCCCCUGCCCGUGUGGACCCUUGGCCAAACUUCCGGUUGAGGGCAUUGUCAAGGUCGGGCUGACCACGUUCGGCAUGUUGGCGGAGAUCAUCUUCAACCUGCCAGUCCCCUCCAUGGGCAUCAUCCAACAUGCGACGAUGUAUUUUUUCUUCCUGGUGUCUGGGAUUGUGGACAUCGUGAUGCACUAUGGGGCGCCCCUCCCCCCGGGCACGGACUACGUGGCUGUGGCUCUGGCCUUCGCCGUGGAGGGGCUGCUCUUCUACUACCACCUGCACGGGCGGGAGAUCGUGGACAUCCAGAUCCAUCUUCUGCUGGUCUACGUCGUCGCUCUCACCGUCGUCGUCAUCUUGAUAGAGGCCAGGUUUCAGAGAUCUGCCCUGCUGCCCUUGUGUAGGUCCUACCUGCUGAUGCUGCAGGGCAGCUGGUUCUGGGCAGUGGGCAUCAUCCUGUAUGGACACGACAAAAACAGCCUGGCAUGGGACCUACAGAACCAUAUGGAUGUCAUGCGGGCUACCAUCUAUUUUAGCUGGCACUGCGCCUUCCACUUCAUCGUGCUGCUGGUGCUAGUGGUCGUCAUGGGCAGGUGCUACCACCACCAGACCGGACAGAACGGCACUGACCUACAUUUAACCGUCCUGGAGAACGGCGACAAGCAGGAAGGGUACCGGAUGUUGACGGCAGCAGACGACGGUGACGGAAGUGACAUCGAGUACGAGAAGCCGGUGGAGAAAGCCCAGAUCAAAUAGUGACGUCAUCCAGACUAGUCUAGAUCGUCAGUCAGUAGAACACAGACUCAUUUCUUUCUUUGUUCAACAACACAGUGCUGUACAUAGAGUUUCUUGACAGAAGGAGAUCCAUGGGAUUUAAACAAUGUCUUAACUCGGACAAUACAACAUACACAUUUGAUACACAUAAGAUACACAUUUGACACAAUUUAACAUACACAAUUGAUACAACAUAAGAUACACAUUUGGCACAAUAUAAGAUACACAUUUGACACAAUUUAACAUACACAAUUGAUACAACAUAAGAUACACAUUUGGCACAAUAUAAGAUACACAUUUGACACAAUUUAACAUACAUUUUGACAGAAAAAAAAAGAGUUUACAUUGCCCAGAUUUGUUUGUAAUUUGGCGUGAAGGAAACCUCUCUCAUCGACGUCAUACUGGGCACAUUCUGUGGAGGGUUUCUUUCAGACCAUUUUUCAGACGUAAUGGGUAGGGGGUAGGGGGGGAUACUUGAAACUGUCAAGAUGCCUGACAGAAACACUUGUUCUGUGACUUAGUUCUGAGUUUUGGACCUUUUGUUGCCUGGGUCUGUCCCCGUCUAUUUUCCUGCACUCUCUACUAGCACACUGUCGUCUGCCCUGCCUUCUGUCACGUGGUGCAGACGCCAGUCCUGUGCAUAGAUCUUUGUUGGAUCUUGUUUUAAAAUGUUUUGUUAUGUUUUUAUACAGUUUGUGGUUUUUAUUUUAUUUUUAUACUAUUUGUGUUUUUAAAGUGUUUUUUUUACUAAUUGUGCAGUUUAUGUGAUAUACUGUUUUUUUGGGGUUUUUUUUUGUCUUUAUACUAUUUUUGUUUUAAAAAUGUUUUUAUACUAAUUGUUUUAUACAGUUUCUGUUUUUAAUGUUUUUUUUAAAUGUUUUUAUACUAUGUGUGUUUUUAUUUUGUAUUAUUGUUACACUCUUUUAAUGAAGUGCUUGUAAAACUGAGCCCUAUUUAGCGGCGAGCCUUAUUUAUUGUAACGGCGAUUUGACAAUGUCAUGAGGGGUGUUGAAGUCAAUUGAAUUUUUAUUUAUCACACCUAUAAUCAUGUACAGAUUUAUAUUCUACGUCAUCAUUUUUUCUGCUUUUUUUUAGCUAAUCCAUUUUGUACACUUUUACCAAAUUACAAUUUCACUUAGGAAAUAAUUUGUACAAGAUCAGUAAAAUAAGACGUUUCUGUGAAAUUUAAAUAUUUUCUCCAUAUCGACACUUGAAAUAAACUACCCAGUCUUAAGAAUUAUAUGGAUAUCAAUGAUAACAGUUAGAGUUAUUUCUAUCCAUACUAACAGUAUCAAGGAUAUCAAUGUUAACAGUUAGAGCUAUUUCUAUCCAUACUAAGUAACUAGGAUAUCAUUUUUUACAGUUAAAGGGUUAUUUUCUGAAAAAUUCUAAUUUCAAAUAUUCUUUAGACUUUAGAAAUCCUUUUAGUUAUGUUAAUGUUUGUAAAUUUACUUUUUUUUCUGCAUUGGUAGCUGACAUUUUUGAGAGACUUACAUUUUAAUUUGAUGUGGCUGAUCCAAAAUAGAUCAUGUUAUGAUAAUGUUCGGGUGCUUGAAUCUGGUGUAAGACUGAGAUGUGUGUGGGGUUACUUGACUGGGGUUUGUGUCAACUUGACUGGAAUUUGUUAGGACUGGGGUUUGUGUGAAUUAGAAUGGAGUUUGUGUGAAUAAGGCUGGAGUUUGUGUGAAUUAGGCUGGGGUUUGUGUGAAUAAGACUGGAGUUUGUGUGAAUUAGGCUGAGUAUCUUUGAUGUAGUACAAGCAGUUUUGUGAUACGAGGCACAUUGCCGAGAGACAUUCCAACAUCAACUUGUGUACAAUCCAUGAAAAGAUUUCUGACGAUUUUUGUUUUUAUACAUUUGAUCUACUAGAAUACCUUAAACACAUCUGAUGAUUCAGUGUUGAAUGCUGUUGUGUUAAUGUAUGACCAUUUUUUACUGGCCUUUUGUAAUGUUUAGAUCUUAUUGUAUAUUAAAUAAAUUAUUUAAAUAUAAAAUUGUCGAAU